AUGGCUGAAACGAAAAAACCAAUCAUAUUCGCACCGGAGACUUACCAAUACGAUAAAGACUCUCUAGACAUUGGUGAUGUCGACCAAAGCCCCAUAGAGCAAUUCCACAAAUGGUUUGACGAGGCUCAAAAGUCUGGCGAGCCGCUUCCAGAAUCAACCAAUUUCUCGACUGCUUCAUUGCCCAGCGGACGGGUGUCGUCCCGUGUGGUGCUGUUGAAGGAACUGGACGACACUGGGUUCGUUGUGUAUUCCAACUGGCGCGACUCUAAGAAGGGAAAGGAUGUUCAGAGUAACUCAUACGCAGCUUUGACAUUCUUCUGGAAGACUUUGCAACGGCAGGUGCGCGUGGAAGGACUUGUAGAGUUCGUUUCAAAGGAGACCAACCAGAGGUAUUUCGAUACCAGACCACGCGGAUCGAGAAUCGGAGCCUGGUCAUCUCCGCAGAGUCACGAGAUUAGUGGAAGAGAGGAGUUUGAGAAAGUUUACCAGCAAAGGGAGAAGGAGUUUGAAGGAAAAGAGCAAAUUCCAUGUCCAGACUACUGGGGUGGUGUGAGGGUUGUUCCCUUGGAGAUUGAGUUCUGGCAAGGUCGUCCCAGUAGGCUUCAUGAUCGGAUUGUUUUCAGGAGAGAGACAGUGCAAAGCGAGUGGAAGGUUUUGAGAAUUGCUCCAUAA